AGCACUCUGUAAAAUGGACCAAUCAGCAGGAUGUGAGCAGGGACAAAGGAAUACAUAAGCUGGCCAUUCCAGCCAGCAGCAGCAACCGGGUUUAGUGCCCUUCGAAGUUGUGGAAGCGUGGUUCUUUUGGGUUUUCACAGAACGUCUUGUUGGUGCUCACUCUUUGGGUCCUCCAUACCUUUAUGAGCUGUAAUACUCAUUGACGAGGGUCUGCGGCUUCAUUCCUGAAGUCAGCGAGACCACGAACCCACCGGAGGAACAGAUAACUCCGGACAGGCCACCUUUGAGAGCUGUUAACACUCACUGCGAAGGUCUGCGGCUUCACUCCUGACAGGUCAGGGAGACCACGAACCUACUGGAAGGAAGAAACUCGGGACACAUUUGGACGUGUGGAGGAACAAAUUCCGGACACACCAUCUUUAACUCUCACCGGGAGGGUCGGCGGCUUCAUUCUUGAUUUCUUUAAAGCCUCAUGGAACACAUCAUUAUUGCUGGAUGCCCGGACACUUAACGCACCUGACAGCAGGCGAAGUGCUCAGAAUGGGACAGGAUGUCACCUGGAAUCAGCACUAAGUGAUUCAGACUGUCCUUACUUUUAAAUGUGCUGUUCUUCAUUUCAAGAUGCCGUUGCAGCUCUGAUAAAUGCAAACUGACAACCUUCAAGGUCACAACGGAGGAAAAAAUCACUGGUGCUUGAAGCAUAGAAGACUGCCCUUCACAACGAAAAUCCCUGAUUAUUGUUUGAAAUGCUGAGGAACUUGCUGCGAAGGAGACUUUUUUCUUAUCCCACUAAAUACUACUUUGUGGUUCUUGUUUUUUCCCUAAUCACCUUCUCCGUUUUAAGGAUUCAUCAAAAGCCCGAAUUUGUAAGUGUCAGACACUUGGAGCUUGCUGGGGAGAAUCCUAGUAGUGAUAUUAAUUGCACCAAAGUUUUACAGGGUGAUGUAAAUGAAAUCCAAAAGGUAAAGCUUGAGAUCCUAACAGUGAAAUUUAAAAAGCGCCCUCGGUGGACACCUGACGACUAUAUAAACAUGACCAGUGACUGUACUUCUUUCAUCAAGAGACGCAAAUAUAUUGUAGAACCCCUUAGUAAAGAAGAGGCAGAGUUUCCAAUAGCAUAUUCUAUAGUGGUUCAUCACAAGAUUGAAAUGCUUGACAGGCUGCUGAGGGCCAUCUAUAUGCCUCAGAAUUUCUAUUGCAUUCAUGUGGACACAAAAUCCGAGGAUUCCUAUUUAGCUGCAGUGAUGGGCAUCGCUUCCUGUUUCAGUAAUGUCUUUGUGGCCAGCCGAUUGGAGAGUGUGGUUUAUGCAUCAUGGAGUCGGGUUCAGGCUGACCUCAACUGCAUGAAGGACCUCUAUGCAAUGAGUGCAAACUGGAAGUACUUGAUAAAUCUUUGUGGUAUGGAUUUUCCUAUUAAAACCAACCUAGAAAUUGUCAGGAAGCUCAAGUUGUUAAUGGGAGAAAACAGCCUGGAAACGGAGAGGAUGCCAUCCCAUAAAGAAGAAAGGUGGAAAAAGCGGUAUGAGGUCGUUAAUGGAAAGCUGACAAACACAGGGACUGUCAAAAUGCUUCCUCCGCUCGAAACACCUCUUUUUUCUGGCAGUGCCUACUUUGUGGUCAGUAGGGAGUAUGUGGGGUAUGUACUACAGAAUGAAAACAUCCAGAAGUUUAUGGAGUGGGCGCAAGACACAUACAGCCCUGAUGAGUAUCUCUGGGCCACCAUCCAGAGGAUUCCUGAAGUCCCGGGCUCACUUUCUGCCAGCCAUAAGUACGAUUUGUCUGACAUGCAAGCAGUUGCCAGGUUUGUCAAGUGGCAAUACUUUGAGGGUGAUGUUUCCAAGGGUGCCCCCUACCCUCCCUGCGAUGGAGUCCACGUGCGCUCGGUGUGCAUUUUUGGAGCUGGUGACUUGAACUGGAUGCUGCGCAAACACCACUUGUUUGCCAAUAAGUUUGACGUGGAUGUUGACCUCUUUGCCAUCCAGUGUUUGGAUGAGCAUUUGAGGCAUAAAGCUUUGGAGACAUUAAAACACUGACCAUUACAGGCAACUUUAUGAAUAAUAAGAAGGAUACACAAAACGUACCCUUAUCUGUUUCGCCUUCCUUGUCAGUGAGCAUGAGGAAGAUGGUAUGAGCUCCUCUUUGGGGCGGGGACUCUAGAUCUUCUUGUCAGAGAAGCUGCAUGGUUUUUGCAGAGCAUCAUUAGCUAGAAAGGUGAUAACAUUAAAUGUUCAUCUAGAGUUAAUGAUGAGAGGGGUAAAGGUAGCCUUGAGGCCAGAGCAGGUAGCAAGGCAUUCUGGAAAGGGGGGACCAGGGUGGAUGGGGAAGAGGCCGAUGCAUAAAGUCAGCCUGUUCAAAGUGCUCAGGGACUUAGCAACAUGAGAAGAUGUGACUUGUGCCAAAACUAUUUUGAGAAUUUUAAAUGUGACCAUUUUUCUGGUAUGAAUAAACUUACAGCAACAAAUAAUCAAGGAUACAGUUAAUCUGAUAUUAUAUUUGUUGAAAUGGAAAUUUGAUUUUACUCUAAGUGAUUUUUGUAAAUAAUUUAUUUUCUGCUCUAAUACUGUACUGUGUAGUUUGUAUGUCAUCUCAGGGAGCUUAAAAUGGGCUUGAUUUAACAUUGUUUUUGUGUUAUUUUUGCUUGCAAAAUGCAUACAUUUUCAAAAACAAAAAAAUGACAAUUUCUACUUUAGUUAAUUUCUACAAAUCAUCUUAGGUUAUUAGCAAAGUUAAGACAUCUUUUUUUUUAAAAAAAAAUUAUAGCUUCUACAAAGAGAAACACUCCAUUUUUCUAGAGAUUUGCCUCUAUCUUCCUUUCCUCAGUCUCCCCAGACUGCUAUCAAGCUGUGUAAAAAUUUACUUUCACUGGACCCUAAAUUAUUGUCUCUACAAUCUGACUGCCAGUAAUUAGUACAGAAAACUAAGACAGAAAGGAUGAUAUAGGUUUGAGGGGCUGGGGAGUGGGAGGGAGGAGAAAAAGAAUGUAUUUAAACCAUUUCUGAUGCCCAUGAUGAGUGUAAAAACCAACAUUGACACCAUCCCCAAAAUUAGGGCUGUCACUCAUUGAGUCUACUUGUGUCCAACCUCCCAGGAUUGUUUUAUCCCAGUGUCACCUGUAUCUUCAUUUGAAAGGACUUGGCCCUAUCCUUGGGUCUUCCCAUUACCUGCCGCUGGGUUGUAAGUUUCCUCCUUUCUCAACCUUUCAUGAGGAGGAAAGAAGUGAACGGUCAUUCCACAUGGCCUAUUGGAAGGCCUGGGAAGGGAACUUUAGGUUUGGGACAGACUUUUUUUUAGUUUUUGGUAUCAUUCACAGCAUACAAUUUUUACUCUCUCCAUUUUCACCAUAAGACAGACAAUUUGGGGUUGCUGUAAUGCCGUCUCACAUCUCAAAGUACAUUCAAAUCUUAAAAAGAAGUUCUUAUAAUUUUGCCGUGUUGAUACUGUUCAGCAAACAAGCUACCAGGAACUGUGAGGCUUUGUCAUUGAGCGUUAGACUUUAAACAAGAAUUAAAAUCAUGUGCUGUAUUUUUAAAACAUAGCCAAAUUAAAUAGUACGUGAGAAAUUCAGAGUAUUAGUUUUAAGGCAUUCAACUGAGAAAACCUGUUGUAUUCCUGAAAGUCAGAAAACAUUUUCAUCUUAUUGAGAGGGAUGUUUUUAAACUUUUAUUAUCAUUUGUAAACGUGAAGUUGGUGGAUUGCUGUGUUUUUGCAUGAUUAGCAUGGGAGUCUGUUGGAGCAAGAGGAACAUGUUUUGAAAACUCAAGAGAUACUAGUGAUGAGGGCGGUACCUGCAGUGUGUUCUCUCUUUAUUGGCUUCUAAACCACUUUUUUCCUUUAAUGCAUGUCAAAUAUUUCUCCCAUGCUUCUCUUAGCAGAAAAGUUUUUACCUGUAAGACAGGGCACUUUUUAACUCUAAAACUAGUGAUACUCAGUGACAUACACUUUGUCUUAUAAACAUUUUUUCAUUUUUUAUUUUGAAAAAUUGCAAAUCUACAGCAAAAGUAAAAGAGUAGUAAACACCAUAUAACCCUCACCUGGUGUUAACAUUGUGCCCUGUUUGCUUUAUGUCGUAUGUAUUUUUGAACUUAGCAAAAUUGGAAAUUAAAAUUUCUGAAAAUUACAAAUAUGCAAAGUUAUUUAUCUUAGCACGUUUAUUAUGUGUGACUACAUCUGAUUUAUAUUUAAAUUGACAGGUUUUGAGGGAUAUUUUUCUUCAUCACAAAUGUAAAAGUAGGAUUUUAGAGUCUGUAUCUCCAAGGUCCACAUGGCCAGGCACAGUGACUCACACCUGUAAUCUUCAGGACUUCAAGACCAGCCUGGUCAACAUGAUGAAACCCCAUCUCUACUGAAAAUAGGGGAAAAAAAAAAAGCAAACCAGGCUUGCACCUGUAAUCCCGGGAGGCUGAGGCAAGAGAAUCUCUUGAACCCAGGAGGUGGAGGUUGCAGUGAGCUGAGAUCCCACCACCACUCCAGCCUGGGUGACAGUGAAACUCUUAUCUCCAAAACAAACAAACUAACAAAAAGUCCUUAAACAUAAAUGAACAAAAAUGUUGUAAUGGAAGGAUUCUAGUUAAUGAGUAUUGCAUCAAGAUUUAUAUCUUUCUUACUAAGGACAAGAGUUAAUAAAAAUUGUUCUUUAUUUUACAGGCAGUUACUGAAGCUCUUCCCAGAACUCAGUAAACAGCCACUCAGCCUUGAAAAUGGAGCGUUGUUGUUUCUAAACAUAUGUUUAUGUCAUUUACUCAGUACAGUUCACUUAAAUAACAAGUAGAUUUUCUCUUGUAGUGAUUUGGGUAAGAAGAGGCCAUGUUUCAGUUCAUUUCCUCUGUAGGGUCGAUUGAAUUGGACUUUUUCAGUUGUUCAGAAAAAUAAAAAUAAUUUCUCACUAUAUUAGAUAGAGAUACUCCUCAACUUACGAUGUGGGUAGGUCCCGGUAAACCUGUUAUAAUUUGAAAAUAUCAUAUUGAAAAUGAAUUUAAUAUCUCUAACCUGAAAUCAUAACUUAGCCUAGACUACCUUAAAUGUUCUCAGAAUAUUUAGCCUGCAGUUGGGCAAAACCAUUUAACACAAAGCCUAUUUUAUAAUAAAGUGUUGAGUAGCUCAUGUUAUUUACUGAAUACUGUCCUGAAAGUAAAAAAAAUGAUUGUAUAGGUACUCAAAGUAUGAUUUCUACUGAAAGCAUAUCACUUGUGCACUGUGUUAAAGUUGAAAAACUGUUAAGCCUCUUAGGAUUUUUAAGUAAGUUGGGUACCAUCAGUUUAAAAUAAAUGCAAUACUAUUUCAUGAUAAA